GCAGACAGUAGUACAGGAGCGGCUGCAUCCACUCUGUGACCGGAGGACGAUUGCUCUCAGUCGCUGAGGCUUACUGCUGUUCUUCAGAGUCCCACAAACUGAGCCUGCACCUCUAUCGCUGGUGCAUCCUGAAAUUCUUUGUAUUUUUUAUUUUUUGAGGAGUGAGAACAUUUUUAUCAAAAGCAACACAGUCUUCGGGUCGUGAAGUCGGUUGUGUCAACCCCCCUUUUCCCCGAGACGCACAAAAGACGCACUCCCAAGUCCACCUGGAUAGCAGCUGACAAAGCCGUCCGGUGUGCUUCGAGCUCCAGUGGGGAGAGACGGUGAGGAGAAGUUAGCGCGGAAGGCAAAAGAGCGAAGAAACACAAAAGGCAGGAUGAAUCUCAAGAGUCAUUUGAUUUUCACCCUCUACACUAUUUAUGGGAUUCUUCUGAAAGUGAUGGCUUCAAAAGGCAAAGCUCGAGGCAUCAGCGGUCAGUACCCUCUGGUUCAGAAUGUGACGGUGACAGAGGGUGGGACGGCAAACAUGACCUGCCGUGUGGAGUAUAAUGACAACACCUCCCUCCAGUGGUCAAACCCAGCACAGCAAACCCUUUUUUUUGGGGACAAGAAAGCUUUAAGGGACAACAGGAUUGAGCUGGUGCGUGCGUCAUGGUCGGAGUUGACCAUCAGCAUCAGUGAUGUCACGCUGAUGGAUGAAGGCAUGUACACCUGUUCUCUCUUCACCAUGCCUGUCAGAACAGCCAAAGCCUACCUGACUGUUUUAGGUGUGCCGGAGAAACCAGAGAUUGAUGGCCUGACGAAGCCCGCCAUGGAGGGAGACCACAUCACUCUGACCUGCAUGACUCAGGGCAGCAAGCCCGCCGCCGACCUGCGUUGGUUCAGGAAUGAGAAGGAGGUCAAAGGUGCCAAAGAGGUGAAUGCAAGUGGGAAGACAUUUACAGUACGGAGCUCUCUGCAGCUGCACGUGGACAGAAAUGAUGAUGGAGUGGCCUACACCUGCAGAGUGGACCAUGUGGCACUCGCACAGACACCACAGCAGGCCACUGAAGUCCUGGAGGUCCACUAUGCUCCUCGUGUGGAGAUCAUCCACUCCCUCGCAGUCCCUCAGGAGGGCCAGUACUUAAAGCUGGAGUGUGUGUCCAAAGGAAACCCUUCACCAGACCCGGUGAUGUGGACAAAGGACGGGGGUGAACUUCCUGACCUGGACAGGAUGAUUGUAGAGGGGAGGGAGCUCACCUUUACUUCACUCAACAAGACGGACAAUGGCACCUACCGCUGCGAAGCCGGAAACCACCUAGGGACCAGCAGUGCUGAAUAUACACUCUAUGUCUAUGACGUCCCCACAACCCUGCCUCCAUCCACCACUCCCCCCCUACAUCCCAUCCCUCCAGAUCCUACCGCUCUAUUAGGCACCCACGUCUCAGACCCCACAGUCACUGGCAACAGAGAUCCAAACGCUCUGGGGCAGCACGGCACUGACCAUGCCUUGAUCGGAGGAGUGGUGGCUGUAGUGGUCUUUGUCACCUUGUGUUUAAUCAUUGUUCUGGGAAGAUACCUGGCCAGGCAUAAAGGAACGUACUUGACAAACGAGGCCAAAGGGGCGGACGAUGCGCCUGACGCCGACACAGCCAUCAUCAACGCUGAGGGCAACCAUGCGCACGCAGAAGAAAAGAAAGAAUACUUCAUUUAGACUGCAGAGGGAGCUGUGCAGCUCUCUCCUUCCCCUGUCCCUCGUUCAGUCCCUAUAUCUCUUUUUCUCUCUCUUUCUCUCUCUCUCUGUCUCCCCCUUUUCUUCUCCACCUCUGACCACUGCCCCCGUCGUGGCAAUGAGGAAUUUGCAGGCAGUCCACAGACAGAGAAGUCCCCCAAGUGUUUUCCUAUUAUUGCCUUUUGUCUAUCAUUUACAUCUUGUCCUUUCUUUCUUUUUCUUUUUUUGGCAGCCAGUUUCCACAGGCAGCUUGCCAUUGCUGCCCUGAAGUUGUCUCCUUUCUCGUAUUUUUUCCUCAUCUUUGACAUGAAUGCCUGGAAGUCUGUAUAUCUACCAUGACUGCUUCUUACAUGAGCCCUUCUUCAUCUCCUCGCCUGUUUGCCGUCUAAGCAGACACCCAAACACACACUAUAUCCCCCGCCCUUUGUUCACACACAUCCACAAAACACAUAUCAUAUCUCACGUCAACACGGUGCCUAAAAAUACAGACGCCAUUGAACUUCUGUCAAUGCCUUCAUGUAUCGUCUGUCAGUAGCAAUGUAAAUGCUUUGUAGAUGGGUUAACUGGACCAUCAUUUCAUUGCUUAGCUCACAGCUUUUGAUUAUGCGUCUUUUCUUUUUUAUUAUUAUUUUAACAAAGAUCUUUGCUGUUUACGCCUUAUACAUGUCUAUCACACUGAAUAUGGUACUUUUAGAUCCACCUCCCCCCAACCCCACCCCCUCCUCUAAAUAGACUUGUAAUUAAACAGUUGACCCUUGUAAGAUAAGAAGAAGGUUUUGUGUAACACUGUAGCAAGGUUUGUCAGAUAAGUGUAUUAUAUGAUUUUCAUUAUUAGGGUAAGGGUAAUAAAGGGUAGUGUGGUAUUGUUUAGAGCAGCGAAUACACGCAGAUGCUAGGCGAAGCAUUCCAUCGAAUAAAUUCAGUCAAGUAUAUAAAACCAUUUUGCUAAAAACUGCUGUCCCUAUGUACCUUUGUCUGUAUAUUCCUGCACUGUCCAGGCUGCAGUUUGGUGAAACACCAACACAUUUCAGUGUCCUCUUGACAGCUUAACGUAGUUUGUGAUUCACAUAAAGGCUUCAGGUGUACAGAAAGAAUGAAUCUCUACAAGCUGUAUAAAUUGUACUGUAAUGAGUUUUCACUUUGAAUUAUUUUUUGUUUACGUUUCUGUCACAUUGGAAUAAUUUAAGGCUUAAGGACCCCGUGAAAUGUACAAUUAACUCUCAGGAGUUAAUAAAAACAAGUAUACGGUUGCAGUAUGAAUAGGAAAUUUAGUGUUGAAUUAAUUUUCCUUUCAGUAAUGUAAUUUUCAUUGUUACCUCUUGUAAGUUUGAGGUCCAGGCAGCUCUCCACAGUGGUUUGUAUCCACAUUUACUGGCUCAUAGAUACGCAUCAAAUCAUAUUAUAAUUUAUACAAAUAGUGAUAACAUCAGUUUGACUGGAACCAAUUUUUUUUUUGAUUAUAUCGCCACCUCUGAAUUUUCGUUUAACGAUUUUCUAACAAUUUAGUUAAAAUGUAUAUAUCACCACCUGUCAGAUUGCAUAACUGCUCUUCUUAUUUCCAUUUUUGUCCGAGUUGCUCUCCAUGAACUGAACUCUGAUUUCCAUUUCAUGGGGUCUUCAAGCGAAAAAAAAAAGAAGUAAAAAAAAAAAAAAGGAAAAAGUGUGUGAGUGCUGGAUCAGAGAUCUGCAGGGGCCUCCUUUCCAAAAACUAAAAACUGAAGACAAAUAGAGAAGCACAAACAUGUCUGAAUGCUUUCCUUUGCCAACAAGAUUGCCUUGGGAAUGGUUCUUCUAUUCAAAUGGGAAGUGGAAAGAUGACAAGGCUGUCUUUGAUUCAAUUCUGGGGGGAGAAUAAAUACAGUGCAUCUUUUUGAAAAUGUAAGCUAAAUCAUGUUUUUAUAAGACAAAAAGUUUUUAAUAUUUUUGGUUUAAUGGUUCUAAGCUCCCUGCUGUGUAUUGUGUCUGCUAAAAUGUGGUUGAUUGUGAAAUUUGCUGUUAAAUUCUGAAUUCCCAUAUUCCUUCAAAUUUGUAUAUUAGCCACCAUAUCUAUUUACUUUUUACAUUUUUCAUUGCAUUGGGAAAAGUUUUAAACAAAUGUAAUUUCAUUUUGGCACAAGGCAUGUAUAUAAUGUGUGAGAACUAAACUUUGGGAAUACACAUUAGCAUGUUUUUGCUUGGUUCUUUUUCAUAUUUUAAUUUAUUUAAACUAAAGAGAGAACCACAAUCAAAGUAUAUAUGUAACUUAAUUUUGGAGAAAUAUGGCUUCUUGUGUUUGUGGCGUGCUUUUGGGUGCUACAGAUCGGAAAGAUUUGGUGUAAAAUAUGAUUAACAAAUGGGGGGAAAAAAAUCCAAAAUUGAAGAGAAGAAAAUGUGCGUCUGUCUUCACCAAAUUCUUAAAAUACAAAUUGAAAUCCAUCAAAAUAAACAUUACCUUCAUGUCGAAGGAAGUGAAAGUUUCACACACACACCAAGGCAAACUUAACAUCCUUGUAAGCAACUUCUGUUUCUUUUCAUACAUCCCCGCUGUUCAUCUUUCAUCAGUUUGCAGGAAUGUGGCUGAUUUACUCUCCUGUGAAAGAGCGAUAAAUACUGUGGCCUCUGGAACUAAAGACUUAAAGGCAAGGCACUAAUCUACUAAGAGGGAGCAAAUUAUUACCAAGGGCAAUAAAAUAGUGGGCCCAGCUGUCUCCAAUUCAGUGGCCAAUUUACAACAUUAUGCAAAUAAGGUCAGCGAGUAAGGUCUUUUUCUAUGUGCUAUAACUCAAGCACUGCUGGAGUGAAUCACAAGUUGGGAACCAUUAAAAUGUCGCCACUGAUGUAGAAUUUAGGUUGCAUAUUAGGCUUUAAAUGACUUGUUUUUGAAAAUGCAGAAGCUUUGCCGCAGCUUUUUAUCAUAGUAGUGCCCAAUAAACCACUAAUAACAGGUUUGACUUCAACCUCACCAGUAGAACCAGGCAAGUCUUCUGUAUCACAUUUGUCUAUAGUUACAUUUUUCACAAUGUUUUUCUUGAUUUUUUGGUUGUUGUUUUUGGGUUUUUUUUUUUACUUUUCUAUGUAGCUCUUUUUAUUGUGUCUUAAAUCAAUGAUGGUGUCUAUCAAAUUUUGUUUGCUUUAUGCCUCUUUGUCCAUCCUAGAAAAAGGAAAGUGGAAAGUGGUGGAAAUAGAUUUGUUGAUUCUGAAGUCUGCAAAACAGGCUGUUUUAUAUUAAAUGAACACUCACAAAUGACCAGGUCUGCAGUGAUGAGUCGGUGUUUAGAGAUGAAACAGGUGCCAUUUACUGAAUUAUGCACUCUGACUAAUUUGAUGGAUAUUUCUUAGUAAAUGGUGAAAUGUGUUUUGUUUUUUCCCUUUCUGAAUACAUGUGUAAAUAUUUGUUUUGAAAUGACAGUAAUGAGCUAAGUUGUUGCAAAUGGCUUUUUAUUUUAGUUAGACCAAACCUGAUUAUUUUUUAAAUUUGUUAUUCUAACAGGCUGGCACAUACCAUCAUGCACUAUUUUGCUAUGAUAGAAUCACCUGUAGCUGUGUUACAUUUUUUAAGUCAGUUAUUAGUUCUGUUUCUUUAUAUGUUGUCGGUUGAAACUAAGCUUUAAACUCAUUGCCUCCUUGCUUUUCAACAUAUAUCGGUUCGGUUAAUAUCCUCCCCAUCAUGGGCCUCUAAUUUCAUCCUGGCGGCAAGACAGUAAUAGCACUGACAUGAUUGGGCACUUAUGCACUCUAUAGCCUCUGUUUGGUGAAUUUCCUUGCUGCAAAGAAACCCACUUUCUUCGACUGAAGGUGUGAUCAUUGCAGCUGAGGUUGCUUAUUUAUGCAGAUCAGGUAUUGUAAUAUUGGCGGUGAUUUGGGCGUGAAAUUGUACACAAUUUUGUGAGCAAUUUUCAUGUUGGCAUUCAUAUGUGUGUUCUUCCUGUAAUAGGCAACAAACAAUAAUAAAAGGAACACCUUUUAUUAUACUACAACUUACUGUCGAUGUUGACUAGAUGCACUGAUGUCAUUGUGUUGCAAAAUAACAACAUAUCACCAGAUUUCAGUGCAUCCUUAGUGUAAAUCCAACUUUAAAAUGGGACACCAAAAUAUCCUUGGAUGCUUAUUUGUUUUUGUGCCUCGCGACUCUGUGCUCUCUCCUCCUCCUCCUCCUGCCUAUCUGCUUCUUUUAUAGAGGGAUGAGACGAGCUGAUGUGAUUGGUGAUCAUUGAAGCUUGUCCAAACUCCACCUGCUGAUACUGCAUUAUGUAUUCAUCCUGCUACAGCCUUUUCACCACACUGCACUGCCCCAUGAGAGCACCAUUGGUCACAAAGUAUUGGAGUCAGUCAAGCACACGCACACACACACACACACACACACGUGCAUUUUUGCCCGAGUUUGCGCAAGAAAUUGUCCCCAGUUUCAGGAAAUUAGAGGCCCAUAUCUACUAAAAAUACCAACUCUGAAUCCCCUGUUGAAAUGGGAUGAACAAGAAAGUCCAGUUUGAGUCAUACUAUGUCUAAAAAAAUGUUUUAACUGUUUUGGUUUACAUUACUCAUGCUUUUAAUAGUUUUGUUCUCCAUAGCAGUGAUGAUAGCAUGACAUGGCCCGGUCCAGUGCUCUACUCCCCUGACCCUUGAUAUGUCUUGCUGUACAGUUUGGCUUCAGCGCAUUUCUUGGUUCCUCUGCAAUAUUGACACUAGAAUCAAUCAGCCCAAUCUCCAUAUUGUCACAAAGAUGAAAACAACAUGUGACACAUGAUCGCAUGUAGAGAUGUUUUGUUUUUCUUUCUUUUUUAAAUAUAUCUCUUUUGUUUUGCAUCUCAGGAAUAUAUUUCAUUUAGAGAUUUUUUUUGUUUGUUUGUCUUAAACUCGGGGACUUGUGAGCUCCUCUCACUCUGCGAGUCCCUGAAUGCUGACACCAUGUAUUUGUUGAGUUUAAGAUUACCGCAAUGUUAAUAAAAAUUAUUCAGUGAUUCUUCAGUAA